GCAGCAGCAGCAGCAGCAAAUGCCAGUUAUCAGCCACCAGCACAAAUUUCAUCGAGCACUUCACCGUAUCCGAAAGCGAACGGUACCGGUGACUGGUCGAUACCGGCCCAGUCAACACCAACCACAACCACAACAAAUCCACAGCCAAACCUUAAUUUCGCCAGUUCCAUGCCGUCAGCUCCUCCACCGGUCAGCGCAGCACCAACUGCUCCAAUGAUGCGUAAGCCGACCGCAAAAGCGUUGUUCGAUUUUGAGGCACAAAAUGAAGGUGAACUCGACUUUAAAGAAGGUGAUCUCAUUGAUUUAACCUCGCAAAUCGAUGAAAAUUGGUUCGAGGGUACGUUACGGGGUAAAUCCGGCUUCUUUCCGAUCUCUUACGUGCAAGUUCUUGUUCCGCUUAACUAA